UUGUAGGAGCGGCAACGCUGAAUUCUCUUUCUCUUGUCUCUAUCCUUGUUCAUCUCAACAAAAUAUAGAGAAGACGAUUUGUGUUCAAUGUACGAAUGUAGUGUUUCAAAGAUCCAUAAUUAGAGUUAAAGGUUUUUAUUCAAGCUUUUGUGAUAUUUAUAAGUGGUAAUAAAAUAUAAGAAGUGUUAAAAGUAUGAAUUUGUUAGUCCUUUGAAAGUGAACAAACAUACUGAUUUCUCGAAAGUUACAACUCUACGUAUAUGUCAAUUCCAAGAAAUUUGGUAUUUUCAGAAAUGGUGCAUCAUAGAACAAUUUGAAAAGCCCCAAAAUAAAUAACUAUGUAUAUAAUGUACGUAGGAACAUUGUUGUUAAUUUUAAUUGUUACUAAAAUUGAAGCUAUUCGUGAGAAAGGUCAUGAUAAACAAAAUCAUCCCACAGGAUGUUUUAGUCUAGGAAAUUACGGCUACACUCUCCCUGCAGGCGAUGUAAUAUUACGUUAUGGAGAACCAUUAAAUCUUACAUGUACUUUGUUCAACAGUACAAUAGAACGAUGGCGGAAAAAUAAUGGAUAUGAGUUAUCAAGCUCUGAUUUAUAUUUUUAUCGAAAUUACAAAAAUAUAUACCCUAAUAAUGAAUAUGAUCCAAACAACAAAAGGGCGGAAAAGGUUGAAAUUAUAAAUGAAACUAGUAUUCGUCUUUAUAUUGAAAAGCCUGAUUUGGCUGAAAGAGAUGUAAUUUUCUGCCAUUUCAAUGAUUCUGUUCCGAAACAAUAUUCAGUGUGUACAAAUGUUGUGGCAGUUGGAGUACCACCUCAAAAAGUCACAGAUUUUUCAUGUAUGGCAAUAAACUUUGAAAAACUCAUUUGUACGUGGACGGCUCCAGAAAAUUACGUGAGAACUCAAUACGAGGUUAGGUACAAAUUCAAAUCAAACCAUACAACAGAUCAUAACAAGAACAAUCUGCAGAGGCACCAUCACAAAAAAAAAUCUGCUUUGUUAACAAGUUUUGUAUGUCCCUCCAACACAACAGAUGAUUCAAUUAUUUCGAAUAUGAGUUGCGAGUUGUCUUUGUAUACAACCCCUCAAUAUCGGCAGUCUAAACGUCAUUAUACAUUCAAACUUCGAGCAAAUAACACUUUUGGAGAAAUCGAACAAGUGUACGAAUUUGACCAUUAUAAACGUAUGCGUCCUCACCCAGUAGAAAAUUUGCGUGCUCAAGCCACUUCUCCUCAUUCUAUUCUAUUGACAUGGAUGUACACCGCAAAAGUAGAUGCGUUUCCAGAACGUGUAGAAGGAAAAAUUUUGUACAAAUGUGAAUUCUGCAACGACUCUUGGGUUUUGGAUAAUAAUACUUUCGUAUCAGAAACUUUCAAGAAGAAAAUUACCAGAUACGAGCUAAAAAAUUUGCGAUACGCCCAUGCUUUAUACGAUAUACGAGUCAGUAUAAAACCAAUAGAAGCCGAUGAAGAUAUGUGGUCUAAUUACACCGUUGUAACUAAAAGAACUGAAAGUAAAAUACCCGACCGUUCACCUUCAGUAACCCAAGGAUCCUUCCAAGUGAUUAAUCUUAAUAAUGAAUAUAACAGGGACGUUUACGUUUACUUCCAAUCCUUGAAGGAAUCUGAACAAAAUGGUCAAAAUUUUACCUACGAGGUUGAUAUUAAACCCAAUGCAACUAUGGUGGAAUUAACAAAAACGUUCGUUAAAUUUGAGAAGCUUUAUGAAGAUCAGGAGUACGUUGUUCGGGUUUGGUCCAAGAAUGAAAUUGGUAGAUCCUACUGGCCCUCCAGAGUAGUCAUUCCAAAGAAUUCUAUACCUGAGCCUUCUCAAUUGAUCAAAAUUGGUCAUGGUUAUAACUCAUACAAAUUACAAUGGGAGGCACCGAAAGUCAACCAACCUAUAACUAAUUAUACAUUGUUUUGGUGUAUGAAUGACAGAGAUAGGCCCUACCAGUGCACAGGCUAUCUCAAUUGGACUAUAGUAUCAAAUACAACCCGUCAAUUUGAAACAACAUUGACCAAUGAUACUUAUCAAUUUGCAAUAGCUGCGAAUACAGAAAAUGGUAGUAGUGGUAUGAGAUGGGCGGAAUGCACAGUUCUGAACAACGGAACACUGGGUAAAAUAAGAAAUAUUUGGAUAAAUAGCGUCGGACCAAACUUCAUCGAAUUGAGAUGGAAAUUGGAUUGCUCAGAUAUCAUAAGUGAGGUUAUAGGUUAUGUAAUAUACUAUUGUAAAACCCCCGAUCGGAUUCUACCAGAAACCGGAUGUGGUAAAGAUGAAAUAAAAAAUUUCACCGUACCUGGCGACUUGAAACUCCAAUCAGCUACGUUACCUAAUCUUGAACCCUACACUUCAUAUGAAUUAGCUUUAAGCAUAAAAAGUACUAAUUCUCUUAGUCCACGCAGUUUAUUUAUACGGAAUGUAACCUCGGAUAGCGCACCAUCAACGCCUCCUAAAAUCACAAACAUAACAGUUACUAACGCUUCUAUUAGUCUGGAAUGGACACCUCCAGAAAAAGCGAAUGGUCGUAUCAUCAAGUAUGUGAUAUAUUACAACGAUAACAAACUUGAGACAAAACCCGAUACCAAAAAAACUAUUGAAGGUUUGGAAAGCUACAAGAAUUACACAAUAAGCAUGAAGGCGUGCAAUCAGUUUUGUUCAAAUGAAACCAUUAAACGUACAGUCACUACUAGAAUGGGAACUCCAGCCAAAAUAGGCAGACCAUUUGUACUUCCAACUAAUGACAGUUCUGGUACUAUGAAUAAUAUUAUUAGUUGGGAUAAACCGAAUCCCCCUAGAGGUGAACUGGACUACUAUCAAUUGAAAAUUACGGGCACCAAUAUAGAUUCAGAAGAAAUAACCAAUUUUACUAAUGCGGACAAUUAUACAAUUCAAAACUGCAGGGAGGCUGGAUAUUCAUUCUCUGUAUAUCUUCGAGCUGUGAAUAUCAUAGAUGGAGAACAUUGGCCAGGACCAUGGAGUGAUCCUUUGCAAAUAUCAUGUUACAAAUCAUCUUGGUAUAUUAUGGUUAUUUUGUUCGUAGCGAUUCUCACUUUUGUGAUGAUUUGUAUCGGCUGUAGAAGAUUAUACAUUUGUUGGAGCAUAGCACGACACGUUGAGAUAAAACUACCACCCGGCUUAGCUCCGGCAGUGGAACAUCCUGAAAAGAACUCUGAUAUCAUAGACAGAAACUUUGAUCAUGACCCAGACGAGGAACUUCUCCUAGAACGGAUGAUCGAAAAAUACCAUGCUGGCGAUUCUAGUGGAUGCAGUUCAGGUCAAGUAAGCAUUACUUCUUCAGUCGAAUCCACCCAUUUAUCAGUAGAUUCUGGAACUGAUCAACCAAGGAACGUUGCCGAUGAUAAUAAAGAAAAUUCAUUGAGACAGAGGAAUGUUCCCCUUAAAGGAUACGUAAUGCAUGAUGCUACACCUGUGGUAAAUCGAGCAACAAAACCAGUUGCGACCCCACCUGGAAACUACUGCUUAAUUGGAGUAGAUCCAUCAACAAAAUCGCCCAUAGAUAGCCCUUACGUCACGAUUAAUGAUCUAGAUCAGAGUAUUUCUCCAUAUAUAGCUAUUGAUCAACCAUCAAGUGCACCUCCUCCGUACACCAUGACAGAUAUCUUUAAAGCACCAAACCCGGGAUACGUGCCAUUUUCCCCCAAAGAACCAGCGAGUAAAAAUACCGGUUAUGUAGUCGCUGGCGACUUAACAUCUGUCCCCGUUCCUGAUACUAAGACGGAUUACUUGGUGAUGGAUACACAAGUGGGAUUAAAACCCACGGCAGUGUGGCAGCAGCCCUCUAUAAUAGAGCCUUCUCUUACUAAAUCCGGUUAUGUUACAGUAGGAGAUGCACCCCCGCCAUUAUCCGUUAAGGAUCCUAAAGGAUAUGUGUCUCAUAGACAAUUUGAAUCUAAAGCCUUGAAAGAAGACUAAUUAGUGUUGCAAUAAACUAGAUUGUUAUUCUAAUAAUUUUAUUUAGCCGUAAAAUAAUUACGUUAAUUUUGUUAAGAAUAUUAAUGGAGGUAUGUUUUUGUUUCAAUUGUUGAAUGAGUACGUAUGUUGUAAAAUAAUGACAGUAACUUACUACAAAAGUGAAAUACAUAUCAGAGAAACAAAUUCAGUUAUAGGUUAUUAUUAAUCCAAAUAAGUUUGUCAUUAAAUCUCAAGAAUUUUUACUUUUUGGUGACAAAAGGAAACAUAUUUGAUUUCAUGAUCUGUAGUAAAAAUCAAAAUCUAUAAAGUUUUUACAAAUUUUAUCAACAAAUCAAUAUUUUACAUGCUUAUAAUGGAAUAAAUUAUAUAAAGUAUAUCAUCCGCCACAAAAAUAUGAGUUGAGUCCAGUGACUACUUUUCAGUUCUUGGUAUAUCUAAAAGAGUUGACCAUUAUUAUUGGUGGUCUUAAAUGGACAUGUAGGUGCAAUGUAGGAGUCAAAAGGACUGAAAGCGAAAUAAGUACUCUAACACAGAACUAAAAUUACGCUGUAAUUCGUCAGAGUUUCACAUGUUCCGUACAAUACAACUUUACUAUUUCGAAGCAAAAAUGGUCCCCAUUGUCACACUCAUACCGAAUAUACUGUAAUUAGAGAUAAGCCUGUUUAUUAUGAAUAUGUUGUUAAUAUUUGAGGCGUUCUAUAUCAAAGCUUGCAUUAUCCAUUGAGAAAGUAAAAAGAACUGUCUAUGUUUGUAUUAUUAAUAAUUUGUUACUGAUUUUUCUUAUAUACCUUAAUAUGAAAAGCACGAAUAAUCUCAUAGUCAAUUUUUGGCACCAUUAUAUAUACUAUAUAUUGUGUUUUUUUUGUUCUGCAAGUACUUAAUAUCUAUUUUUGCUCAUUAGUUAAACAAUGGAAUCUUUUUGUAAUAAAACUUUUACAUUGCUCAUAAAUUACUAAAAAGGUUACUGAAACAAUGUGAAUAACAAGACUGUUAUAAUCACGUGAUACCAAAUCAAGUAUUUUCAUUGGGUAACCAUUUAUAAUAUACAGAAUAUGGUGAGUUUUGUUCUCCAUGGGUAUUUAGACAAAGAAUAAUAUAGAGCACCAAAUUGUAUAUUUUAAGGCGAGUUUUGAUAUGGGAUGCAUCAUUUAUAUUAAGCAAGUUUCGUCUUUAGGUUACCUGAAGAUGAUAGGGUUCUCGAAACAUACAUCAGACAAUCAAUAUUUAUUGAACUUUGUGUUCAGUAUGAUAUACCAGAAAUUUCUAAUACUUGGAAAUCGUGAUAAAAUGAAAAAAAUUAUUAUACUACUUAAAUAUAGGUAGUUAUAAUUUCACCGUUGAUUUCAUUUGUAAAAUGUUUUAACCAUAUAUUCUGUAAAAAAAUAAAACAGGAUAUUUGACAUAUUUCUACUACAAGAUUUUUUUUAUUAAAUUCUGACAUGCAUUUACUAACAUCUUGUGAAUUUGUUAAAAUCUUGAUUCGUUAUACAUGGAGCUAUUAUUGUUAUUAAUUUGCCUAUUCUUGCCUUAAUAUAACUGUAUAUUGAAAAAAGUUGAGCUCAAAUUAGUAUAUACAUUGGUUGAUGUAAGGUUACUUAACAUUUGAUGUAAUUCUGUAUUUAACUGUCAAUCAAUUAAAAUUCAAAAUCCGAAUUGUUAGUUUCGGUUUAUAUUGAUAGGAGUGGAUAUUUUCCUUUUUAGCAUAACCCCAUUCGUUUGUUCUUAACCAAAUUAUACGAUAAUUAUUCUUUAAAACUGUAAAUAAGUAAAAUUUUUUCAUUGAUAAUGAAAAAUGUUAGUAAAUUAGGAGUUUUGUACAUAUAUAGCGUUAGGAAUAUUUCCCCGAAAGGCAGAACUGCGUGAAGAAGUUGUGUCGUGCCUUAUACAUGACUGAAAUGUUGAAACGAAAAAGGCAUCGUGGUUUUGUUAUGUUUAUAAAAAAACAAACUUGCCAGAAUUAAUUUUAGCUGCUUAACGUUUUAAAUGUAAGAUACCUCUUUCUGAUAUUGUAGCAUCUGCUGCAUUGAUUUUUUAAACCUUUAAAUAAGUUAAAAUGAAAAUUUUAUAAUUAGCAAGCAUUGAAUGUAACAUGCAACUUGUAGGUUUAUGAUUUAUUCCAUAUUCCUUGACAAAAUUAGGAAGGUCUAUAUUUACAAGUCGAAUACAGAUGCAUGUUGUUUUUUAUAUUAAUAUUAUCCUUUUGCAAUAAAAGUUAUUAAAAUUAAAAGCCAUUAGGCAUCGAAAAUGCAUUUAUGUAUUUUUUUCAGUGUUAUUGUAAAUUUUAUGUGUCGUGCUAUUGUUUUGUAUAAUAUAAAUUUUUUUAAUAUUUUUGUUUCGUUCAACUUAAACUUGGUUUUUCUUUAAACUAAAUAUACAGCUUCUGCUAUUCAUAUACACACAACUUUUUUGUAACCUCAAAAUUAUAUAGAUGAACUGGCAUUCCACAAACUUUAUCAAGUGUUUUAGUCGUGGUGUUUCUACAUCCUGUCACAAAAUUUACCAUUUAUAUACCAUUUUUCAGAUUUACUUUGUAUCAUAUGUUCAGUGUUUAUUUUAUUCCUAUGACGCCACGUAAUAUGGUGGCCUUACUGAAAUGUUUAAACUACCUACAAAAUUUUCUAAUUUUCAAUCAUUUUUUUCUCUAUCAAUAUUGAUCAAAGAAUUAAAAAAAAAUUAUAAUAAUACUUGUGUAUAAACUAUCCAAAACUAUUUUUCCCCAAACCAUGCAAGUACUAUUAUGUUGAAAUUAACAAAUUAGGUGAACAUUUUAUUGUUUAUAAGAAACUCUUAAAACUUGAAUCAAAAUUAUGUAUGACUUUAAAACACUGUUGUUAUCCAAUUACUUAUUUUUUCUAAUGUAAAGAUGUUUUGUUUGCGUAAUUUGAGAUCAUUUAGACUGAAAUUUAAAACUUUCUUAACAAAUGUGGACAAUUUAAAGACAACAACGCCAUACUGGAAAAACUAAAUUAAUAAUUGUUUAAAUAAAUUGUUCAGAUUUUUUAGUUGACUUUGUGUUUAAAGAACGAGAUGUGAUGUAUGAGGAUAGCAACACUGCAAAUGUGAUUUGGGGGUUAAUAUUUUUGAGAAUUUGUGGUAGGAUGGUGAACCAUACACUGCCUUUAUAAAUGUUUUACUUCUUUUACUUCAACUCACACUCCCUUCACUAAUUUUUCAGUUAUUCAGAGUCUUACCUUAAUUAUUCAAUUUUUAUUUCUGUUCCGGUGGAGUAUGAUUCGGAAUUUACAAAUAUUUUUGCUUAUAAUCAGUUGGGAAAAUUAUUUUUACGUCACAGUUGAUGCUAUUUUAGGUACAGUUACAUAUAAUUGUUAAUUUUAGCAGGAAACUCAACUUCACGUUAAAUAAAUGCAAUAUUUAUUAAAAAGUCUAUCCGACAAGUAUUGUGCAUGAAAUUUAUUAGCGAUAUAUUUUUUUAUUUUUUAAAAUUAUAUUUUUACAAAAAAUCUCAGUGCUAUGAUUAGUAAUUAAAAUUUAUUAUAUUGACAACAUAACAUUUAUUGUUCAAUUUGUUAACUACAAAUUCUUUAAUAUUUUCUACCACCAGUUUUGCUAAAUAAAUUGCUGUUUAAUUGCUUUUAAUCAGUAAAUUCAGUUCUUAAAUAAAAUAAAUAUGCUCAAAACAAACAUAUAACACGUGCCAAUUUGUCUUUGCUACUAUAUGAACGUUCAUUAGAACUUGAUGUGUGUUGUCAAUUUUUUAUGAUUUUUCUGGAAUAAAUAUUUUGCUGGACCUUAGUAAUAGCAGCUUAAGUUUAAUCGUCCAUUUUGUCGGAAUAAUUUAUUUUUGAUUGGUUUUGGUGCAAUAUAACAAAAUUUGUGAUUUUUUUUCUAAUUGUCAACCUGUGAUAAAAUGAUGAUAAAAACAACAAAUAUUAGUGCUGCUUACACUUCAAAUUAUACAUCUCUUAGUGUACCUUUCAGCAAGGCUCAGAAGCUCUAAAUAAUUAUGAUUUUAAUUUACCGACUUAACCUUGAUGUUAAAAAGUUGAACAUUUCUUUGUUUAACAGACAACAUAAUUCAAUGUCUUUUGUGUGAUAUCAAAUAUACUGUAUAAACAAUGGAACUGUUUUCAACUAGUGUUGAGAACCAUGUCGAGUGUUGUUGCUCAUAACAUCUUUAGUAUUUAGAUUUUGAAAAGUUGUACUAUUCAACACUUUUUUUUAAAUAAAAACAUUGAAUUUUAUACAUACUACUAACUCGAUAUUGGUUUUCACGUUGGGUAUUAUUGCCUCGUUUAGGUUCAUAUCCAUCACUUCAAAUUUCUAUGUAGUAAUUAGAUUUUAAUCUGUAUUUGAAUGUAUAAUCAGUUCAUGUUCCUUUUUAUUUUAAUAAAUAUAUCAUACACUCAA